AUGUUACAAUCUGUCGCGAGAUACACGAAUGAUGCCGUCGGCAUUGAGAAAGCUCUUAAGUUCGUGCAAUCGUUCUCUCAAGUUGCCGAAGUCAUGUUCGCGUCGACCCCCGAAGAACUAGCACGCUGGGCCAUGGCUAAAGAGCAAGCAAAUAUCGGACGUCGUUAUUUUCGAAUAGUCAAAUGGAUAGACUGUUGGACAACCGCGUACAACCUGCUUACAACGUACAACUCCCCUUCAGCGUCCACCGGAGAUGAGAAGCCCCAAAAGAACAACAACAACAGCAACCAAGAUGCGAUCAGAGUCACCUUGAUGAUAGCCAAGUUUUCGCUGCUUGGAAUCUUCUUGUUCAUGGAGAUGUUCUGCAUUGCCGACGCGAUGCACAUCACGCACAACAGCUGGGCACCGGGUCUUCAAUUCGAGUCUUUGAAGUUCUGGUUCUACUCUCUUGCGGUGUCGAUAGUGCUCGGGCUCUACGAUCUGUUCAUGCUCGAUUCGAGCGCGGCGCACGCAGAGCCACCAGCAGUCAGUGAGAAGACGAAAGCUAAGGUUACAGUCAGGACCGGCGGCAAGGAGGCGUCCACGGUAAUUGAACACACGCCCGCGCCGCAGAACCAGAACGCACAUAAGCGACAAGCGAUCUUGAAGAAUAUUGUGGCCGAUAGUUGCGACCUGUUGAUCCCAGGCUCGAUUGUCGGUUGGAUUCCUAUCGAUCCUGUUCCUGUCGGCAUUGCCGGGACGCUGAGUGCCAUCUUAGGUGGGUCUGAUGCUUGGGCACGCGUUAACCCAUGA